AUGGAUGAGAUCCCGCCUUUAAACGCAUCGAGGACCCACCCAAUCGACUACCUUCCUAAUGCACCGUCUUAUGCGUCGUUCUUGCAAGAAUAUUUGCUGCAACUCAAGCCAUGCUUGAUGUCUAUGCCAGAGAUAUCACUCUGGAAAGCCUCUCGACUGUGGGUCAGACGCUCUGAAUCGGGAGCGAUGAAGCCAGACAUUGAUGUGCUCGAAGAGGCUUUCAAAGACGCAUCAGUGGAUGUCGCAUACUGCGGUGAAACCGAUGAAUGCGGGGCUCAGCGACGCGAACGCAUGUCAUUUUCUGAAUUCGCGACUCUUUGGCGCAACAGUCCCGAUGGUAAACUGUACCUGAAAGAUUUUCACUUCUGCAUCGCUGGACAAUCUGGAGCUUAUCGGACUCCGGACGUCUUCGCAGACGACUGGCUAAAUAGCUACGCGAUAGCUGCCUCGAAAGGCGAGGACGAUUUCCGCUUUGUUUAUCUGGGUCAACAUGGUACCAACACCAACUUCCACCGCGACGUGUACGGGAGUCAUUCCUGGAGUUGUUCGCUUGCUGGUGUCAAACGAUGGAGAUUUUUGGCUCCGGAGUACACCCACCUCGUUCGCGACGACAAGUCUGGAGAUAUGCCCACUGGAAUUUUCUCCGCUGAGGCCGAAUCCCGAUUUCCUGACAUUGGAGAGGCGAGAAAAAGAAUAAUAACUGUCUGGCAGUAUCCAGGUGAGGCUGUUUUCGUCCCUUCAGGAUGGCUUCACGAGGUUCAGAACUUUGGUGAGACGCUGUCGAUCAAUCAUAACUGGGCCAACGCAACCUGUCUCCUCCGCAUGAGCUUGUCCUUGGAAGAGGAAGUUCGCCUGGGGCAGCAGGCCUUGGAAGGCUUCGAGUUAGGAUCACCGCAAGAACUGGCCGUUCUGGUCCAAGAUUUGACAACACGGAACUUUGGCUGGGGAUGGAAAGACUUCUUCGAGAUGAUCAGAUGGCGAUACGUAGGAUGCCAAGAGCAUCCUCCACUGUCUACCCAAAGAAAGCUAGGAGUUGCUUGGGAUGAAGCUGCCGAUUAUCUUCGCCCCCCUCCAGACGUGGAGAGGCAACUCGUUACGCAGGUCAUGGAGGAAUGGCUGCGUAACGACGAGAACAGGUACCUAAUCGAAGUUAAGGCCGUCGCAGAGGAGAUCCUGAAACAUGUACAACAUUAA